UUGCCACCCGCCGCCUACUUUUCAAUUUUCAUUUCGUUGAACCGGUCAGUGACCAAGCAAGCGCCGUUGUCGUUACGUGGUUAAAUGCUUCGAGAACGCCUCGUUCCCCACGAAAUUUCCUGUGUUUUGUGAUUGUUGUGUUUUAUAAACAAGUGUUCGUUCAUUUUUGCCAUUAAAAUUCCACAGGAGGGACCAAGAUGUUUAAGUUUAUAAAAGGCAAGCCCCAUCAGUCAGCAGAAAGGCAUAAAAUACAAAAAGAGCUGUUUUGCUAUAGAAGGACUCUGCAACAUGGCUUUCCACACAAACCCUCUGCAAUGGGCUGGGACCCUGUCCUACGACUCCUCUGCAUCGGUACGUCCACGGGUGCCAUCAAAGUCAUCGGCAGACCCGGGGUAGAAUUCUACGGGCAGCACCAAAACCCCAUAACCAUUACAAAAUUAUUGUUUUUACCUGGAAAAGGCAAAGUUAUCAGCUUGCAAGAUGAUAAUUCUUUGCAUUUGUGGGAGGUUAAUAAAAGUUCUUUGGUAAAAGUAAAAUCCCAAGCAUUGGAAGGGAAACUAAAAAAAAUUAGUACCAUGUGUUUGGAAACGGCUGGAAAGUUUCUUUUGUUGGGCGCGGAAGGGGGUAACAUUUACAUUUUAGACCUUAACACCUUUACGAUGACUCCAGAUAUAAUUUAUCAAGACGUUGUCAUGCAAAAUGUUCCUCAAGAUUAUAAAGUAAAUCCGGGAGCGGUGGAAUCAAUUUUAGAACAACCGGGACAGCCAAAUAAUAUUCUGAUCGGUUACAAUCGUGGAUUGAUGGUGUUGUGGAAUAGAAGUGAGAACGUUGCCUCCAAAACGUUUAUAUCAAAUCAGCAACUAGAAUGUUUAUGUUGGAAAGACGAGCAACAUUUUGUUACUUCACAUAACGAUGGCAGCUAUAUGGAAUGGGAUGUUACCCAGUCAGAAAAGCCCUGCGGAGAACCGAUCUCCACAUACGGCCCGUACGCCUGCAAAGCCAUCCCUAAAAUUGCGGUAAAAGAACUAAACGGUGAACAACUCAUCGUUUUUUCUGGAGGGCUGCCUAGAGCCAAUUAUGGAGACAAAUAUUCCGUCUCGGUGAUCCACGGAGAAAAUGGAGAUAAUCAUGUGGCAUUCGAUUUUACUAGCAAGGUCAUAGACUUCAUCUUAAUUGAUUCUAAACCACAAGCCGACGAUCAAGAAAGCGAAAAUCCCGAAGGACAAGAAAAUAACGAGAAUCCUGUAACCAAUGGCACCACUACAAAAAUUCAACCGGAAGUACUUUUAGUUUUAGCGGAAGAAGAACUGGUGGCCAUCGAUUUAUUGAGUAAAGGAUGGAAAAUGAUGAGUUUACCGUAUUUGGUGGCAUUGCAUUCGUCCGCGGUGACCUGUAGCCAAUAUGUGUCAGAUAUUCCCGAAUCUUUAUGGGAAACACUUAGAGAUGCUGGUAAAGCCCAGACUAGCCAUCUGUACUCUGACAGGCCUUGGCCAAUAGAUGGCGGAAAAUUGCUUUGUUCUAAAGGAGCUGUGCCUAAAAGAGAAUUAUUAUUAACCGGCCACGAAGACGGAACAGUAAGAUUUUGGGAUGCUGGUGGGGUCACUUUGACGCCUAUUUAUAAGUUUGGUACUGCCCAGUUCUUCACUGGGGAGGAUCUGGAAGAUGUACCCCCAAGCCAGGAUCCAGAAGACGAAGAAGAAGAGUGGCCUCCAUUCCGAAAAACCGGCGUGUUUGAUCCUUAUUCGGAUGAUCCCCGAUUGGCUGUGAAAAGGGUCGUGAUGUGCCCACUCUCCGGGACACUAGCAGUAGCCGGCACAGCUGGACAAGUGAUUAUUGCUAAGUUCGAUACAGAAGUGCUGGAUGGGCCGCUUAAGGUUGUUAGUAUGAAUAUUGUUAGUGACAGAGACGGAUUUGUGUGGAAGGGGCACAGUCAGUUGGCACCAAGAACAGGCAACAUACAUCAAGUAAGAGGCUUCCAAGCAACUACCCUCCUACAACUUCACCCUCCGGCAGCUGUGACGUCAGCGGUAUUGCACGCCGACUGGGGCUUAGUAGCCGCCGGUACGGCCCACGGUCUUGCCUUACUGGAUUACAUAAAAAGUAAACCAGUUAUUGUAAAAUGUACUUUAAAUCCCAAUGAUCUCACUGGACAGGGUGAUGCAGCCAUAUCACGUAGGAAAUCUUUCAAGAAAUCGCUCAGAGAGUCGUUUAGACGGCUCAGAAAAGGACGAUCAACUAGAGGGCCUAAGGAAGAUAAACAGACCCAGCCGACCUCACCACCCACCAGGAAACCCCCUGAGGGAGAUGUGAGCCCCUUAGAUGCUAAACCAAUUGAGAGGCAAAUAGAGGCUCGGCCAGUCGAAGAUUCGAUGGGUUCGUUCGUUAGAUGUUUGUAUUUUGCUAGAACCUUCCUUAUAAACGUACAAAACACCGUUCCGACGUUGUGGGCUGGGACCAACAACGGAACAGUUUAUGCUUUUACUAUUAUAGUACCAUCCGCAUCAAAAAGAGAGACAGAUGACGUGGUUUGUCAUUUAGCAAAGGAAAUUCAAUUAAAACACAGAGCUCCAGUGAUAGGUAUAGCUGUGCUAGACGGGUCAAGCAAGCCUCUUCCGGAACCACUUGAAGUAGAGAAGGGUGUGGCUCCUUUACCCGACACCACGCAAGCACAUCGUGUAAUUAUAGCCUCGGAAGAACAAUUUAAAAUCUUUACGCUGCCAUCUUUGAAGCCUUAUUGUAAAUAUAAAUUGACUGCUCAUGAAGGGGCGCGUGUGAGACGUAUGGCUUUCGCCACCUUCUCGUGUUCAAUAGAGGACGCUCAUUCGGAUCUCGUUCCACAUUCCGAGGUCGAUUUACUGUGCCUUACAAACAUGGGAGACUGUGUUGUCCUUAGCAUUCCAGAUUUAAAACGGCAAUUGAACGCUGCGGCUGUUAAAAGGGAAGAUAUCAAUGGAAUUUCCUCACUAGUAUUUACCAAAACAGGAGAGGCGCUCUAUCUUCACUCCUCCUCAGAGCUGCAAAGAAUAUCUUUAUCAGCAACAGCAGUAACACAAGCAAGGUGUUACUUGCCACUAGCCGCAACUCCUGAUGAUGUAGCUUCCGAAACCGGGAGUAAUAAUCAUAUUAACACAGAGGAGGCGACAGAAUCACCACCUGUGGCUAACGGAACGGUAGAGACUCCAGGAGGAUUGGAAAAGGUAGAUGAAGUUCCAGAAAACGGCAUAGAAACUCCUCAUAACGUCACAGUAUCGAGCAGCGUGGGCGACAUCACAAUUGACAGCGUUAAGGAUCAUCUUGGAUCAGGCGAAGAACUAAGCAGGCGGAUAACAGGUUUACAAGUAACGAAAUCCGUGACGACCGUAAUUAGUAGUAGUACUAGUAAUAGCACCACCGUUCAUAGCGAACAGGAAGUUUCCAGUAAUUCUGUUACUUCGACAUCUGCCGCCAUAACCAACACUAAUUCUACCCAGGAAGUACAGGAAACCAUCUUAGAGAAACACGGCCGAGGCAGAGAACAUCGUUUGGAGACUAAAAAAAUCAGCGUUAGCGAUUUAUUGCUUCGAGCUCCUCUGGCGUUGGCAGAAGAUGACACUGAAACUAAUCACUUAGGGAAUCCUUAAUUUCCCUCAGGAAUUCACAAAAAUUCCUUUUGGUAAUUGCUUUAACCAGUUAUGUUAAGCUGAAAAUUAUUUUUGUUAUCACUUAUCUAUUCAGAUGAGGAGUAUUUUAUCGGUUACGUCCAUAUGUUUAUUCGUAGUUUAUUUGAAAACCAAUUUUUAUUUAUUGGUUUAUUUGUGCAUGUGCCUUCAGGUUUUUAUUUGUUAAAAAAUUAUACUUGUACUGUGUGUUAUACGUUCCCUGUUAAAUUUUUGAACGAGACAAAUGUUUUAUUAUAGAUUUUAAAGUAAAAUAUAAUCGAAACUUGAACGACUUCUGCCCCAAUAUUUGAAAUCAUACCAACCAUGUUAUCUAAAAUUUGGCAAAAUUUUCAUAUAUGAACUAAAAUAUUUUGUUUCGUUCAUAACUUAAAUGAGGGAACUGUAUAUCGGUCGAUUUAAGGAACCUUUAUUUUAUAUUUAGUGUGUUAAAUUAGUUAAAUUACUUUGCUUUUGUAUUAUGUUUAACCAUUUUGUAACUACACAGCAUUUAAAUUACGAAACAGUGUAGAAAAAAAAUGUCUUGAUGGUUGUCUAUCAGUUUUUUACCUAUAUAAGUAAGAUGUAUAAUAUUAGGGCAGCUUUUUAUAUAAACAAAUUUUGAAAAAAAAUAUGGUGGAGGUGUUAUAGAAAUAGUAUAAAUAAUGAGAGUUUGAUGGAAUGCGCGAUAGAUACGUUUAGAUUUUUUAUAUAUUUAGAUUCAAGUGAGAGAAUAGAACAAUGAUAACAACUUUUUUGUUAAUCCUUUUUAUAUUCGAUUUAUCAGUUAUUUUUUAAUAUAUUAUUAUUAGUAUAUAUUUUUCACUUUACAAAAAUGAUAUACAUCACUCAAGUGAAUUGGUUAUUAAAAAUUUUAUUUCAUAUUUUA